CCCGAAUUUCAGUUGACGAGCACUCGACAAACAAAGCAGAAAUAAUUACUUCUUUUAUCUGCAGUCACGAGUCUACUACUCUGAAACAGUUAAAAUGUUCUCAAAAUUGACCUUGGAACUGCUGAAUUCCCUUUCGGCAAAGGAAUUUCACACAACGUUUGGAAAUGUGGUAGAGUGUCAUCCGGAGGCAGCCGUAGCUUGUUCCAAAAAGUUACCAUUCGCUAGUGUUGACGCCGUGAUCUCGACCUUUGACGACUAUCUCCAGCAACUGAACGUUGAGACCAAAACUCGCGUCCUGCGCUCAUUUCCCGAUUUGGCCGGAAAGUUGCUGGACAGUCAUCAGUUAACGGAAGAAUCCACCUACGAGCAUGCCUGUGCCGGCUUGGACAAGUUGAUGGCCGAGGACCGGGAUAAGCUGACGACUCUGAACCGGAAAUACCAGGACAAGUUUGGGUUUCCGUUUGUUAUUUGUGCCAGAGAAGCGUCCCGGUUUGAGGCCAUUUUGAACGGGAUCACAACAAGAAUUCACAACCUUCCAGAGCAGGAGCUGGAGACCGGAAUCGGUGAGGCGAAAAAGAUUUGCCGACUCAGAAUUCUCGAGCUGGUGGAACAUGAUUAGAUAUAAUAUGUGAUGUAAUCGGUGAAACACAAAAUAUGAUUAAAAGAAUGAAAUAAGAUUGAAUGCUGGUAGAUCUAAAAAAAA